AUUAUGCAUAACUUAUUUUUUUUAAGCAAAACGGUUAUUUAAUCAGUAGAAUUCUUUUUUUCACUUAAUGUCAAUGUUUUAUUUCCCAGGCAACUUUUAAACGCAGUGUUGCAGGCUAAAGCAGCUAGCCUGUUAGCCAAACAUUGGAUGCAACAGACUUGGGGAUUACAGGCACUGAGUUUAUUCGUUUAGCUUGUUAGCUGCUAGCUGUGUGUGUUGCAGAGAAAACAGUUGAUAUAACGGUAUAUUUAGAGAUGUUCAGUGAAAAUGCGGGACGUUUGGAGGCGUAUAAAGAUACCGAGCGGAUGCGGGAGUAAAGCGGAGGAGCUCCACGGCCGGGCAGAGCGCAGACGCCAGGCUCUGAGGAACAAUUAUGGCUGCUUUUGCUGCCAGACAAUGUCUUGAAUCGAUGGUUACUGUCCGGGUCUCCAUCAUCUUCAGGAUCUGAACAGAAGAUGAAGGUGCACAUCGAUGUGGGUGAUAAAAAUGAGACAGCUUGUCCAUCGCACACAUUGAAUUACACCAUCCAGGGUCAAAAAGACAUAAUUGGGCUUGGGGAGAGGAAGAAACACCUUGUUUUUGAGGACCAUCUUUGUAGAAGCACACUGUAUGACCAGUCAGGGUCAAAAUAUCUUGGAAAUGAAUGUUUACAGAUUUCGAGAAAACUGUGUAACAGUCCAAUGGCAGAAUCACAGAGUGUAAUUUCACACUGUGAUUUGGACAUGCUGGAAGUCUCGGAGGACAGCUGCUCUAUACCUGAAAAUGGUGAUAAUGACCGUAACGACAAUUUCACAGCCGAAGUACAGCAAGCUUAUAGAAUAUUCCAGAGUUUUCUUCUGGAGAAGCACAAAGCUGUGACUGCCCCAUUUUGGUUCCCUGUUGGAGAUCAAACUGCAAACGAAAUGUCUUUGAAAACGAUAGACGACAAGUUCGUCAAACAAGAAUAUGAAAGCAUCACAGAGUUUGUGGCUGAUUUCCGCCAAAUGUUGGAAAACUGCUAUAGAUUUCAUGGUGUUGAUCACUGGAUCUCUAAACAGGCACAAAAACUGGAGAUCAUCCUGGAGCAAAAGUUGACUCUGCUCUCAAGGACACUGAGAGAAAAAACAGCCUUGGUUGUGACUUCUAAGGGUCGUUUUGGCACUGAAGAUGAAAAAGCACCGGUUGGCACUUCAACCAGACGUCGAUCUGUGCCACGAAACUUGGCAGCCAUUUCUGUGGGUGGAUCAGAAUCCAUCAUGGUGCAAGCACUUCGGUUAGAGGAACAACAGCGGGCCAAGGAGGAAAAAAGGCAGCGAGACCUUGAGAAGAAAGAGGCUGGGGAGGCAUCUGCCAAAGAAGUGGAGGAAUGGGAGCGCUCAUUGCUCUUGUUAGCUGAGCCAUGGCCCAUCGGCACCAUGUGGGAACUCCCUGCUAUUGGUCACUUCUUGUGCCUGGCGCAAAAGGCCCUCAAACUUCCAGAGAUUGUAUUCUUCGAAUUGGAACGUUGCCUGCUAAUGCCUCGCUGUAGCUCUUUUUUGGCAAAGAUCAUGACCUCCCUGCUUUGCCCUCCUCAUCGAAGAAUAACACUCCACAGGCGUCCAGCACUGCCUUAUCGUCGCUGGGAGGUGGAGUUGAGACAGAAAGUCUUAGGAUGGUACCAGUCUAUAGGCCGAGCCAAGGACCAAGAGGCUUGUGCCGAACAUCUAGGACUUUGCCACCGUUUUUUCUGGACCCUGGGAGAGACAAGUCCAUUAGAAGAGAAACCAUUCCAUUUGUUGCCGUUUAACCAACGUGUUUGGUUGCUUAAGGGCCUUUGUGACAAUGUCUAUGAGACUCAAAAGGACGUGCAGGAUGCCGUCCUUGGACAGCCUAUUCACGAGUGUCGGGAGUCCAUCUUGGGCUACGACAGUCAAGAGAACACAUACAUACACUUCCCGCAUUUCUGUGGUGCUGAUCUGCGUAUAUAUCGCCAAAGUCCUUGUCUACCACUGGAAUUUCCUUUGCCAUCAUUUUCUGUGAAGAAACUACAGCCUGAAAUAGGGGACAGGACAGAGGAGAACCUGAGUCCUUGUCCCGAGAAAGCAGGUAACUGGGAAUCAUGUGUCCGAGAUGAUGGCUCAGAAGAAAGUGAGGUAUAUUGGAAAGUACCUGAUAAACUUGAGUUCCUUUGUAAAGAGGAGUUACCAAGUCCUCAAAUCAUCGAGGACCAACCCAUGGAGGUAAAGCAAUGCCUUGAAUUAAAAGAAGACAAGAAAUCUAUAGACUAUGAACCUUGCCUUAGGGUUGGCAUGAAUUGCUACAUGGGCAAAUUUCCUGCCAAUUCUUUAAAUACACAUGCUUUAGAAGCUUCUGUGCCGUUGGAAAUUGGUGCCACAGUAAAGAGUGAAACUUCUUGCCAAAGUCUUCAAUGUCAAAGACAUUCUUGCCCCAAUUGUUUCAUGGAUUCCGGUGCAAAUCCAGAGCCUCACACAUGCCUUUGUUUCUUACCGGAAUCAGACAGGACGGCUUCUGUGAUUUUUCGACAAACCAGUCUGUCAAACGCUGUAACAGGGAAAAUACAGUCCAGAAAAAAAAGUAAAAAGAAAAAGAAGGAAAAAUUGCUUGGAGUCAAGCCUGGGACGGGCAAGCUUGGUCUGAAAAAGCUCCGACAGGCCAGAGUGGCCAAAGGCCCCAUGUGCAAAAGUGCUGCUGACUUGAAGAGGAAGGAUAGGAGACGGAAACAGAAGUUAGGGAGAAAGUUUAUUCCCAAGAAACCGCAAGAAAAAAGUAAAGAUCAAUCUUUGCAGCUGCCGACAGAGCCAUCAUUUAAGCUGGUCUGCACAAGUUUGGAUGAACUGCGGGAUCUCAUCAGUAAAACAGAGGAUGAGCUAGACGAGUUGGAAAGCACCAAAAAGAGAUGUGAACGGUGGUACAUUAAGAGAGAAGCAGUGAAGGAGCUUCACAUUACUCUUAUAAGACUGCUAAAUGAGCUGUUGCCAUGGGAACCCAAGUUACUCAAGGCCUUUCACAGGAACAGGGCUCGAUUAAAAAAGGAAAGCGAUGACUUUAAAAAGCAUCCUGAAUAUAAAAACUUUGUCCGAGAGGAGUGGGUAGCAUCCGAUGCAGAUGGAGACGCAUACAAAGAAGGCUCUUCUUCCACAGAGAUUAGCAGAGAAUUGAAGGAUGAGGACAAAACUGAAAGGCUUUUGAAAGGAGGCCCUGAAACAACAGAUUGUGAGAAUCAUAUUGGAAACCACUCAUUUACACACGUAGUCAGCAGACCAGAAGUUAACUCGUCUUUGAUUGAUGUUGGACCUUUCACUCGAAGUUCAAAGCAUCGUCUGCGUGGCAUGGAUGAGGACUUCAGUCUUAGCAAAAAAGCAAAGAUUUUCACUGAUGAUUCUGUGACUUCUGAAUCAGAAAAGAAUGUUACGUCUGGGGACCAAACAACAGCAGAAGGACACGCAUCAAAGACUGAAACAAUGUCAGUGGUAUCCACACCUCUGUGUGCUUUUCCAAGGCGCUGUAAUCCAAUUCAGGCAUUGCUGGCCAAGAGUGUUGGAAAUAAAGUGACUCUAAUAAGUCAUCCACAGGUAGCUGUGGCGGCUCGAACUUCACAAUUUCUAGACAAGGCCAUUACUGCAGCUUUAUCCACAACCAACCCCACAGCAGUUUGUCGACCUAAACCACAACCAGCACCUGUCUCCAUUCAAACACAAACUUCCACAGCACCAUCUGUACAGAAGCCCAUGCAGGUUGUAUAUAAGGGUCCAGAAGGCUUGAGUUUGGUUAAGAAUAACAACACACCAGUUAAGUUUUCAGUGCAGCCAGUCAUACAUCAGAAAGCAGGUGAGAAUGCAAUGCAGCAGGUUAUUAUUUUGCCUACAAAUCUACUCAUUCAAAAGACUGAAGAAAAGAAAGCUCAGCAGCAAUCUAGUAUUGCUGCUGUUGCCACAACCAAGCCAGCUACACACUUAUCUAUUACUUCAGGGUUUACUGUCACAGAAAACAGGAUACCGGUUCAGCAAGUGUCUCCGUUAAAAACUGUUACCACUGUAAUGAACUCAUCUGCUGUGUCACCUAGCUUGCAAAAACCAGUGUCUUGUGGAGUUUCACCUGCCCGUAAAAAACCUGCUGAACCAAGUUCAACCCUGAAAGGAUCCACUACGUCUACUUCAGCCACUACUGAGUCCAACAAAUGUGAUCUUAAUCAAGAGUUAAAAACAGUGUGCAUCAGAGACUCGCAGUCCAUUCUCGUCACAACCAGAGGGGGAAACACAGGAGUGGUGAAGGUACAGACUUCAGACAACAGUGGUGCCAGUGUUUUAACUUCCAGCCCGAUUUUCACUUUCUCCCCCAAGUUUCCAGCUUUCCUGGUGUCCAAGGAAUCUACUGUCUCAACAUCAACUGCUCAAACUACUACUACCAAGCUAUUGCCUGUUUCCUCUCUAAAUGAUGACAGCAUUUCAUUUUACUCAGCAGCAAAAUCACCUUUAAAAAGUGCCAAUCUGGUUAGCUCGUCACCUCUGAUGGAAAGAUUAAGUAGUACAGUACCCUUUAACAAGGAUCUGCCUUUGCCUGUCUCGGACAAUGCAUCAAAAAGUGCCCAGAUAUUAAUUGGUAUUAACUCACUAGUUCCUGCCAACUCCCAAACCAACGCUAGUGCCCCUUCAUCCGGGUGGGCUGUCCAGACCACUGCAUCUAAAAAUAUAAUUCGACUUUCUCCAAACAGAUCACAAGAUACUACCACUGAUCCAGAGCAGUCUGCCUUACAGAAAUUAUUUGUGGUCACAUCCACUACAAAUGUCCCAGCAUCGAUAUCAAGUAUCACCACUACUUCUACUUCUUCUGCUUGUCUAGGAUCAAGCGUCAAGUUUAUGAGUCAGUCUGGCUCCGCCUGCUCUACGGUUACAGUUGCUAAAGGGUUAAUAAAGUCGGAGUCUAGUCCUCCUGUCACAACUACAUCAUCAGCAUCUGAAGUCAUGAAAGUUACACCCAACCUAGGAGGAGCCACCGGCAGCACAUCUGCUGGUACUCUGACUGAAGUCCAGGGCAUCAACAUUACUGGAUUAACAGCUAGAAUACUGGACAAAACUACAGUGACAACCAAAACAACAGACAUUGGCACAAAAGUUAGACCUAUGUUGAUGCCCAAUGUACUUGCACCUUCAACUGGGCAAAUGUUUGUCCAGAACAGCAACUCUAGGCCAAGUAGCUGUGCGUCUCUGAAUAUUAAUGGUCCGGUCAAGGUCACUGGUUCUGUUGAUGGUAAAAGUGUUAAGUUUUCCACUUAUGACACUGGACAUAUGGCCUCCUCUGAACUCCUGUCAGCAGCACAACAAAAGACUGUGUCUAAUGUUAUGUCAGCUGCUAUCUCAGUAUCAGACAUCCUAAAUAAUAGAUCGGAGCUAGUAGUUAGCAGCUCAGCUCCAAAUAUAGGCUGUUCUGUAGUAGGGAGCCCGUUUAACAAAGGCGCUACUUUGCCAAGGGGAGUGAUUCAGGACAAACCUUUGAAUAGUACAUCUUUUAGUAAUCCUUUUACCCCUAUCAGACUCCCUGUCAUUAGCACCAUGACAAGGGUCCCUCAACCCUUAGCACUGAGCACGACAACAGGAAAACCUGUGCCAGGCAACCCUUCUACUGGAACUCGGUCUGUCAUGGCUUCUACGGCGAGACCUCCUGUAAAUGCCAUCCUUGGCACCACAACAAUUCAGGAAAAAGUCGUCAUCAAUACUACUGGUCCAAUUGCUCCUGGAACUCAACUCUUAAUCAACAACGCAAGGUUUGUAGUGCCCGCUCAAGGACUUGCACCGGGCAGUCAUGUUCUUCUCAUCUCGAGUCCUACUGUGCAUCCUACAGGCCAAUUGGGGACAAAUCCUGUAUAUCCUGCCCCAAGGGUGGCAGGUACUUUGACUCCUUCUGCUUCAGUUGUUCAAGGUCUAAACAUGGUAACACCCGGUAUAAGUUCACAGGGUUCAUCAGUCAGGCAGCCAGCACCCAUCUCAGCAAAGCCUGAACAAUCUGUUUCUCUUAAUAAUCUUUUAACUGUAGUCAGGUCCCCACCAGUCACUGUUAAUUCUUCUCCUCCUGCACAACUGUCUCAAGUAGGUACUACCCAAUCAUCUGGGCAACAAGGCUUGACCCACAUUGUAAGACUUCCAUCGUUUUUACUCCCUGGAGUGAAAGAACACUCUGCUGCUUCUUCAUGUAGUGUUACCAGCUGCUCAAAAGAAAACAUUACAGUUCAGUCACAGAGAUGUUUGAAGAGCAUCAACACCCCGGAACUUUUACAGACAGGACCUGCACCAAAAGCAGUUGCAACAGCAGUAAAAACCGUGAUGUCCUGGCCAUCCCCAGUGGUUACUAUGUCCCCCAUGAGUAGUACGGUAUCAAGGAUGCAGACGCUGCCCGUGGCCACUGUACCACCGAUUGGCAGCACUAUCACUUGUAGCCAAACCACGUGUGUUGCAACAGCAUCUCCAUCUAUCAACACACUUUUAAUGGCGACCUGUCAACCAGUUAGACCUGUGCAACCUAGAAAUAUAAAAAUGACAGUCCCUAGCAAUACUCUACUGGUUAAAAGCAAGACUCAAACACAAGUCUCAGAUGAGCAAACCACUUGUACAUCCAGUAAACUGUUGUUAAGUCCUGAUGGUGCUAUUUUGAAUGUACUUAAAUGCCCAGCUUUACAGAAUCUAAUGGUUACAACAGAUAAACCGGCACUGGGGUUAACCAGCCCUAAUUCGCCUCUGGAUCCAGAAAGAAACGCAACAUCAGAUAAUCCAGAAUUCCCUAAUUAUUAAAAAUGUGAUUUUAAAUUAAUUAAAUAAUUAAUUUGAUUACCUCCUUCUAUCCGCCACCACCCCCUUUUCUCUAUCAAACGGUUUAAAUCUAUAAAAUAAGCACUAUUUUGUAUAUUUGACUUUGUAUAUUAGACGCCCAUGAUGGGAAAUGCUGUCAUGUAUUUUCAAAUUUAAAUUAGAAUGGCCAGUAUUGUAUAUAGUAAAAUAUUUUUGUGUGUUUUCCUGUUCCCUUAUCUUAUGAAGUUUCAAAAGUUGUACUUCAUAAGAUAAUUUUAGAAGGAUUUGGAUAUUUUGUAGCAUUUUUUUUUAACAACUGACCUUUAUUGAAUGAUUCAUGUUUUAUUAUUUCAUAUGCUAUACACUCUGUUAGCAUUCUUCUUGCACUUCAUGCCCAUGGUAAAAGAUUUGAUAAAGAAUUUGAAUUUAAGCUGACUUGAUGUUUUCUAUUGAACACCUAGAGAUGUUAAAAGAACAAUUGCAGGUUAAAGUGCUGCUGCAUGGAUAAAGGUGGGAGGUUGGAGUUAUUUAAUAAAUUGCCUGCCAUGGAAUUAAAUAAAAUUGGAUCACUUGCAUAUCAGAUAAUAUGAAGAUCAGAAAUA